UCAUACCUGUCUGCCUGCUCUGUGUGAAUAAUCGGUACCGGUAGAAAUCGGUGCAGGGUUGCCAAUUCGAUGGCCCGACCAAGCGAAUUCUCAUCUGAUCUAAUUCUUGGUACAAUUUUCAGAUCGUGAUCCAAUGAUUACGAUAGAUUACCAAAUAGCCCUGAACAGAGAGCUGGAAUCUCAAUCCGCUUUUCCAACACAACAAUCUGGGGUAAAAUCUGCCAAGCCGUGUACCGAACACGGCAACUACGGCAAUUCAUCAGGGUCCCAAACCUAGAACUUAGGUCCCUAAAUAUACCUUUGGUUCUAGACCGGACUAUAAACAACUGCCACGCAUCUACCGAUAUAGGAAAUCUCCACCCCCGCAUCCGUCAUCAUAAUUGUCCCUCCCCGCCCCUUGGCAGGAACAAGAACCGGUUCGUCUUGGCCUCGAGCCCAACGUCACUUUUACAUCCAGCAUGGUGCGAUACCACGUUACCAUGGUUUUUGAGGAGUUGCGUCGACGUCUGAGUUCGGACUUCGUCACCUGAAUAUCUUGUAGGGUUCCUCAACCAGAUCCGUAGUUCAGUUUUGUCACCUUCAUACAGCCUGGCAUGAGCACAAACACUUGGUCCAAAUCACCACACAAUGCACCGGCCAUCUGUCUUGUACAGCCAUUUUUGGUUACUCCUGACCUCAAUGGCAUCCGCAUCGGUGCUCGCGGUGCAACCUGCCGCGGAAGCGCAGAAUGUCGCCUCCCAGAAGCCAGCCCCUUACCUGCGCACGCCCACCGAGCGACAGCUGAGCUGGCACCGUCUCGAGUACUACGCCUUUGCGCACUUUGGCCCAAACACCUUCACCGGUGAAGAAUGGGGAAGAAGCCAACGGCCGCCAGAUGUCUUCGCCCCGACGUCGCUCGACACGGACCAGUGGGCCGAGACUUUUAAGCGCGCCGGCAUGGCCGGCAUGAUCCUGACGGCCAAGCACCACGACGGCAUGGCGCUGUGGAACACGUCCUCGACCACCUACAAGAUUGCCAACGGCAAGUGGGCCAAGGACCGCGAGGCAGAGAGACUCGACGCCGACGUGGUGCGCAUGGCAGCCACGUCGGCGAAAAAGCACGGCCUCAAGUUCGGCGUGUACCUCUCCCCUUGGGACAUUCACCGCGACCCGGCCAUGCCCAAGCCCACGCUGGCGGGGACCAUCUUUGACGAAGCGCAGAUCUUUGGCGACGGCAGCCCCGGCGACUACAACGAGCUGUACGUGCAGCAGCUGACGGAGCUCGUGGACAUGAAGCUGGAAGACGGGUCGAACGUGGAACUGUUCGAGGUAUGGCUGGACGGGGCUAGCGGAUCGGCCACGGUACAGACGUUUGACUGGUCCAGGUACCGGGAAGUGAUUCGGACGCAUCAGCCUGGUGCCGUCAUGUGGGGUCACCAGGGCCCGGACGCCCGCUGGGUCGGCAACGAGGAUGGCUACUCCGUCCAGACCAACUGGCACACCAUCAGCCGCACGCAGGACCAGGAGCGCUACGGCGAGCGGGAGCUCGAGACUGGUGUCCGCGACGGCCUGUACUGGACGCCGGCGGAGGCGGACGCGAGGAUGCGUGCCGGCUGGUUCUGGCACGCAGAGGAGAAGCCCAAGACGGCAAAGGACCUGAUGGAUAUGUACAUGGGGUCGGUCGGGCGGAGCGUCAACCUGCUGCUCAACGUCGGACCGGACAACACGGGGCGGAUCCCACAGGUGGACGUCGAUGCUCUGAUGGAGUUCAAGGAGCUGCGGGAUGGGUUCUUUGAGAGGAAGCUCCUCCGGCCGGGGCUUGGUGUGAGUGCGAGCAGUGUCCGGGCCGGAGACGCUAUGCAAUUCGGUCCAGAGAAUGUGCUUGAUGACAGGCAGGAUACUUAUUGGACCAUGGAAGAUGACCAAACCACCGGGUCGCUCGAGGUUGAUGUCGGCGGUACAAUUACUAUUGAGGCUGUUGCAAUCCAGGAGCACAUCGCCUUGGGCCAACGUGUGGGCGGAUAUGCAUUCGACGUCUUCUCUGACGAUGCUUGGAAAGAGGUUGUGAGCGGUACGUCUGUGGGCUAUGGACGGAUCGACAGGCUGAACACAACAAUGACCGGGACACGACUGCGGCUGCGUGUCACCCAGGCGAACGCCGUUCCGAUGAUUCAGGGAAUCCAGGCAUUCGGGACAAGAGUAUCCUAGAGUAGAGUCUCAGCCUUAGUAAGUGUAUUUGUAGGGUCAUUUACUGAAGCAACUUGUUGAUUUACUUACCAUUAAUUUAUGUUUACCUGUCAUUUUCUUGAUUCAUCAAGACAACAGGCCAUAUAACAUCAGAACUCGCACCAAGGCACUGACUAUUUGGAUGUUGGCAAGUAGACCACCGGUAAACUCCUUCAAUUUCAUCGGAGAAGCCGCGUUCCAGUUGCACCUG